GCAGUCAACGGCCUCUCGUCUUGACUUCUUUUUACACUUGUAAAACCGUUUGAUGAUGAUGGGCCAAAAAUCCAAUUGCGUCAAGUUUGAAAAUGAACGUGGAUGAGGAUGAGGAAGGGGAAGGGGAAGAGGAAGAGGCGGAGGAGGGAUUUACUCGCCCAACUUUGACACGAACGCAAAGGAAGCGCGUCCACGAGGCGCGGGGGCGCGCGCGCGCCAUUCUGCCUGAUCCUGCUCAAGUUUGGCUUUUUUCUUUUCUUCUUCUACUUGUUCGUCGUCUUCUUCUUCUUCUUCUUCGGCACUCCGGGGCGGGGAGCCGCUCGGCUCUGGUCCGCUUGCGUGAUUCGGGCACAGUGGUACCGUCCAGUGCAGUUCGGGACUGGGUGGGUGGAGGCGGGCAGGCCGGGACUAUUUGGACUCGUGCUGGUGGGACAGGGGGGGACGGGUCCCUCCCAGUCGAGUCCGAGUUCUCCACUAACGUCGUCGGUGUCGGUGUCGUCCAGGACAGCGACGUUCUCCUCCGAGCCGCCGCCGAACUAGUCCCGCCCGGCAGGCGGGCCUCCGAACAGAGCCGAAGCGGAGGCGCAAUGCCGGUCCGAAAGAAAGACGCCCAGCGCGCGCUGUCCCUGCUGGAAGAAUACCGGGCCAAACUCCAGCACGCCGACGAGCGGCAGCUGCGCGUGUCCAUCCAGAGGGUGAUCGACAUCUUCCAGAGCAACCUCUUCCAGGCCCUCAUCGACAUCCAAGAGUUUUACGAAGUGACCUUAUUGGACAGCGAGAGGUGGGCGGAGUCUUCCAAGGCAGCCGGGGGCGGGGCUCCCGUCAACGCGUGGGACUUCUCCAGCCUUCAGAGCGCCACCGUCACCUCUGACACGCUGCCCAGCCUUAGCACCAGCAUCGAGAAGUACCGGCACCACGAUGAGGACUCGUCGCCCCAGGAGGACCGCAGCUCCCCGCAGGUCACCGACGAAGCGGGCGGGCCGGAGCUGGUCCAGGUGGCCGAAAAGAACCUGUCCCAGAUCGAGAACGUGCACGGAUACGUCACCCACGCGCACAUCUCUCCCGUGAAGGUGGCGUCGCUGGAGUGCGUGCCGGACGGCCCGGAGCUCCCCUCCUCCUCCUCCUCCUCCUCCUCCUCCCCCCCCGCACCCUCCUCCCUCUACCCCCACGGUGACGACAGCCCCCUCCCGUCCUGCUCCUCCAACCCUUACCCCCCCGUCCAGGCCAACCCUCCUCCGCUAUUGGUCAAUGCGGACAGCCUGGACACGCCCCCUUAUGUGAACGGCACGGAGGCCGACUACGAGUACGAGGAGAUCACUUUGGAGAGGGGUAACUCGGGUCUGGGCUUCAGCAUCGCGGGCGGCGUCGACAACCCGCACAUCGGCGACGACCCCGGCAUCUUCAUCACCAAAGUCAUCGCGGGGGGGGCCGCCGCACAAGAUGGUCGCCUCAGGGUCAACGACGUCAUCCUGCGCGUCAACGACGUGGACGUCCGCGACGUGACGCACAGUCGCGCUGUGGAGGCGCUGAAGGAGGCGGGCUCUCUGGUCCGACUGUACGUGCGGCGGCGGAAGCCCGUGGGGGACGCGGUCGUGGACGUCAAACUCAUCAAAGGACCCAAAGGUCUGGGCUUCAGCAUCGCGGGGGGGGUGGGCAACCAGCACAUCCCGGGAGACAACAGCAUCUACGUCACCAAGAUCAUCGAGGGCGGCGCCGCCCACAGGGACUCGCGGCUGCAGAUCGGAGACAAACUUCUGGCGGUGAACUCGUGCUGUCUGGAAGAGGUGAGCCACGAACACGCCGUGACGGCCUUGAAGAACACGCCCGAUGUGGUGUACCUCAGGGUGGCCAAGCCCAACGCCGCGGAUGUCGCUAACUCUUUUUCUCAGCACCCGGAGAAUCAUAUCAGCCCUCCUAACUUCCUGUCUCAACCUCUGGCCCCGCCCACUUCAUCGGGAUGCUAUUUGCCGACGCCCAAGAGCACGCUGGGAGAUGACGACGUCGCACGGGAUCCCCGCAAGGUGGUCCUGCACCGAGGCGCCACGGGUUUGGGCUUCAACAUUGUGGGCGGCGAGGACGGCGAAGGCAUCUUCAUCUCUUUCAUCCUGGCCGGAGGACCCGCCGACCUCUGCGGGGAGCUGAGGAAGGGAGACCGUCUCGUAUCCGUGAACGGCGUGGACCUCCGCAGCGCCACCCACGAACAAGCGGCGGCGGCGCUGAAGAACGCCGGGCAGACGGUCACCAUCACGGCGCACUACAGGCCCGAGGAGUACAGUCGCUUCGAAGCCAAAAUCCACGACCUGAGGGAGCAGAUGAUGAACAGCAGCAUCAGCUCAGGAUCGGGAUCUUUGAGGACCAGCCACAAAAGGUCGCUCUACGUCAGGGCCCUGUUUGACUACGACAAGACGCGGGAUUCUGGUCUUCCCAGUCAGGGUCUCAACUUCAAGUUCGGCGACAUCCUGCACGUGGUCAACGCCUCGGACGACGAGUGGUGGCAAGCGAGGCGCACGGCGGCCGCGGGAGACGUCGAGGAGGUCGGCGUCAUACCCAGCAAGAGGAGGGUGGAGAAGAAAGAGCGAGCGAGGUUGAAGACGGUCAAGUUCAACCCCAAGUCUCGAGAGCGAGGGUCGUUGGGCGACAAGCGUAAAAAAGGCGUGUUCGCAAGGUCCUUCCUGUUCGGGAAGAGUCGCGACGCCAGCGAACAGGAGAGCAGCGACAUGGAGCAACACGCGACCUCCAACGCCAGCGAUAGCGAAAGUAGCUACCGAGGCCAGGAGGAGUUUGUGCUGUCGUACGAAGCCGUCACGCAACUGGAAGUCGGCUACACGCGACCCGUCAUCAUCCUCGGCCCCAUGAAGGACCGCAUCAACGACGACCUCAUUUCGGAAUUCCCCGACAAGUUCGGAUCGUGCGUCCCGCACACCACGCGGCCCAAACGCGACUACGAGGUGGACGCUCGCGAUUAUCACUUUGUGGCGUCGCGCGAGCAGAUGGAGAAGGACAUCCAGGACCACAAGUUCAUCGAGGCGGGCCAGUACAACAACCACCUGUACGGAACCAGCGUCCAGUCGGUGCGCGAGGUCGCCGACAAGGGGAAGCACUGCAUCCUGGACGUGUCGGGCAACGCCAUCAAGCGCCUGCAGGCCGCGCUGCUUCAUCCCAUCGCCAUCUUCGUCAAACCCAAGUCGGUGGAGAACAUCAUGGAGAUGAACAAGCGGCUGACGGAGGAGCAAAGCCGGAAGACGUUUGAGCGAGCCGCCAAGUUGGAACACGAGUUCACCGAACACUUCACAGCCGUCGUGCAGGGCGACACCCUGGAGGAGAUUUACGAGCACAGCAAGCAGAUCAUCGAGGAUCAUUCGGGAUCCUUCAUCUGGGUGCAGUCCAAGGAAAAGCUAUGAUAAGGAAACGACACAAGGUCAACCCCCGUCUUCGAUGUCACAGGGGGCGUGUCUUUGCCUCCGCUCACAUUAACCCUUUAACCAGCUCACGCACGCGCACACGAGCUAGCCGUCGCUUUUCCGCGGGGCCAAGAAGACGUUGAACGUGCUCAGCUGCCUAUUUUCUUAUCGACGCAAAUUACAAAAAUCUAUAUUGACCGCUGUUAUCACUAUUAUUAUCACCUUAGAAAAUUUUCAAUAUGAUCACUUCCUGUCUUAUUUUCUUUCUUUUUUUUUUUUUUUUUAACCA